AUGGACGACCCGGACUAUUGGAAGGACAUCCAUGAUCCAGACAUCCAGGAAAUUAUCUACGGCGGCGACUUCCAGACGCAGCCAACACCCGUGUCCGUCGACGACUUCGACGACGCGCCAACACAGCCUGACAUUGCUCAGAAGAAGAAGGGCAAGAGCUUGAGGACACAAGGCUUCGUCGACGAUGAGGAUAAGUGGGAGAAGGACCAGCACAUCCGGCAGCACCAGGAGGAGCUGAGCGCCCACAAGACCAGCUACCAGGAGCUCAAGUCUCAGCUCAUUCAGCUGGGGCUUGAUCAUGCCAAGGCCCUCAAAGCCGCUGAAGCGAAUGCAGCGGCCAAGUUGGACGAGGCUCUGGAGGACGCCAGCAAUGCCACUGUGGUAUUGCGGGCUGAGCUGGAGGAGCUGGCCAAGGCCCGGAAGGGUGCUGAGGAGAAAGCCGCGCGGCUGGAGGAGGAGCACAAGGAAUGCAACCAGCUGAUCCUGCAGACUGACGCACUUGCCUACCGCCUCUUUCCGGACUCACAGAAGUACGCUGUCAAGAAGGUUGACGCGCGCCGCAAGGACCAAGGCCAAGCGAAUCUUACCGUGCCAUGGACGCCCAACGACCAUCUGGUCGCGCUUAACGCGCGGGUGUCUCAUAUGCGCGCCAUAGAUCGCAAUCUAUCUGACAUUCCUGAUGUAGCUACCCAGCUCUUCAGGACCCUGUGGCCUGGCGAAGAGGUGCCGGAUACCUUCUCCCUUAUUAGCGACCGUCUCAAGGGCGCCGAUUGA